GGAGUUGGUGGUCAAGUUGUUAGGAUCACUAAUCAGAAACCACCCGAAGCAGAUGAAGUUAUGUACAGUCUGGAACACAAUAUGUUGGAUCGAGGAGUGCAGAUCAUCUCUGCAAAGGGUCAUAAAGCCAUAGAUACAGCUCUCAAGGUUGAUUUGAUCGUUCUGAAUACUGCCGUGGCUGGGAAAUGGCUGGAUGCGGUUCUCAAGGAAGAUGUUCGCAAAGUUCUUCCCAAGAUUCUCUGGUGGAUUCAUGAGAUGAGAGACCACUAUUUCAAACCAGAUUUAGUCAAAAACCUCCCGUUUGUUGCAGGGGCGAUGAUUGAUUCUCACGCAACAGCUGAUUACUGGAAGAAUAGAACCCACUUAGGGAUUAAAAUGCCUAAAACUUACAUCGUGCAUUUAGGAAAUAGCAAGGAGUUGAUGGAAGUAGUUGAAGAUAGUGUUUCCAAGAGAGUUCUACGUGAGCACGUCCGUGAAUCUCUUGAAGGGAAAAAGGACAUUUGGAUUGCGACAAAAACAAAAAAAAGAAAAAAGAAAAAACAAGGACAUUCGAGAAAUGGAAUGCGCCUAAAUACAAUUGAGAAUGAAGAACCUGCGAUAAAACAUGUUGCUUCUGAUGAGAUGGAACUUAACAUUGCUUACAUUCUCGACAGGAUUGAGAGCUUCGCACAUAUUGUAAGCUUUGUGCUUUUUCUGUAUGUUUCUAACUUGCUGAAAUCAGGGAAAACAACACUGACGGAACUUGGUAACCAAUUUGAAGAAGGCUUGAUCAUGUAA